UGAUUAUUUGGUCGAAGAAAAAAGAGAGAAUCAUUUCUCGGGGUUAUUGACCUUCUCCCGAAUUGCAUGAGAUUUUCCUACUGUUCAGCCAUUAUUAUUAGUAGUGAUAUUUGAUUUUGGAAUGAAUAAAAUUUCUACAUUUGUUGAGCGAUAAGUCUAAGUUAAAUUGUUAAUUUUAAUUGUUAAUUUAAAUUAAAAUAGUGUCAUAUUAAAUGUAACAUUAAGUUACAUUUGCAAACAUGGAACCACCACCAAAUAAAGUGAAGAUCACAAAAACAUUUUUGAUUGAAAGAGGGACUAAACCCAUUGUGAAAUUCCUGGGAGAAGAUGAAGAUGGAAAUCUGGUGGAACUGACAGAAGACGUGGUCAGCCCAGAUGGUGUUAUGACUGCCGUGACACGACCUACUACUACUCGUGGAUUUGCUAUAAAUCCAUACAGACCCAAAAUUGAUUGGACUCCUCCAAGGCAAGGAUCUCUGAAUGCAGCUAUCUGGAAUGAUCUAAACCUGUUUUUGGGUGAUACUUUCACUGGACAUGAAAGUGACUUGAAGACUGCACUGCCAGAGAAAGAAAUCACUCGGACAGUCACUCUCAAUGCUGUCUCGUAUGUGAUUUAUAUGAAGACUGGAAGUAUCCGAUGGAAAGAUCAAAGAGGAAGGUGGCAAAGAAUGUGUAAUGAAGACAGAUGUACCAAAAAGAGUUACAACACGGAUGGAAAAUGUGACGAACAUUAUAUGCGGUGGAAUUAUAUGCGGGUGGCAGCAGUGUCCGAUACAAUGUAUGGGGUCAGCAUUGGAAAGACUUUUCAAAAUUCAAAAUCCCCUAAAACAUGCAUCAGUCACUAUCACCCCCACGAUGAAGAUGGAACACCCGUGUUUCAAAAUUUGGCUGGUUCUGCAGAGGAAACCGACAUGAUGGAACGAGUUGGACAAAUGGCGACAGCAGUGUGUGAGAUGCUCGGAGGACAAAUGGAUGGACGACGCAUCAAGUAUGGUCUCAUGAGAAUAGAAGCUUCAUCAAAUUGGACCUCUGAGUAUGUUCAACGAAUGAAGACAGUUGUAGAGUGGAUGUCAGGACAGAAAUUAGUUUUCGAUGUAGAUGCAGAAUUUGAUGUUGAGAGUAUUAAUUUGAAGCCGUUGUAUGAUCGAAUUAAGCCCAAAUUGUCAUUGUUUAAGUCAUAGUCAAAUAUGUGUUAAAUAAUAGUUAAAUAGUUCUUACCUCCCGCAAUGUAGCCAAUAGUGUCAA